GGGGCGGUGCCUCGCAGGAAACGGCGCGGCCGGGCGCAGGGCUGCCCUUGGAAGAGGCAUCGCUCCGUCAUGGCGUCCCGCACAUUCCCUUUGCUCAAGUGGAUGGCCAAAGCAGGACUGGCUGGCGGUGCCCUUUACGUGGUUUACUCCCAGGGGCUGCUGGCUAGCGGUGAUCAAGGUGCCGAAGCCCUCCAUAAAGCCAAAGCAGCUGUUCCUCCAGCUGUGGAGGAAUGGACAAAGUAUUUGGGUUGGCAGCUUCCAGAGGUUCCAAAAACUGAAUUUUCCCUCUGCAAUGCCUGGAACUCAGGGGUUCGUACUGUCAUAAGUGCCCUUUCCGUCGCCCCCACCAAGAGCUGCGAAUACACCCAGCAAGGUUGGAAGUACAUCAAGGAGCUGGUGAAAUGAAGGCAGCCGGAGCAGCGUUGCGUUCUCUCCUGCCGUCCAGCAGAAAUCACCUCCGUCCGGUUUUGCGGAAAGCAACCCCGUUCAUACAGCCGGGGUUAUAAAAGAGCCGCCAGACAGCCUAUUUUUUUCCCCACUCCUUUUCAUCAUCAGACUGUUCUGACUCUUGAUUUCUGUUAUGGGGCAAAGCCGAUUCGAGGUCGGGAUAAAGCGGUGGGCCCCCCCGUCUCUUGGCCCCGUUACCAAAUUAAAGUUGGAAUGUGUGGGUUUGCGAAAACC